AAGCGUUUAUAAUUACACCUCUUUCAAUAACUUAGCAAUGGCUAAUUCUAACGAAAUAAUUACUGAUACUUGCACAAAUACCUUUUCAAGGAAUGAAACUGAAAAAACUGAUGAAUCUCUCGACUUUGACGAUUUAUUACCAAUAAUUGGAGAAUUUGGAAAGUAUCAAAAAUUAUUGGUUUUUGGAAUAUGUCUACCUGCCUGCAUACCUUGUGGAUUUUGUGCAUUUAAUCAAAUUUUUAUGGCUAAUGUCCCGGAUGACUACUGGUGUAAUGUUCCGGAACUACUUCAAAUUUCUGUGGAGAAGCGUAAGCUUUUAGCAAUCCCUAAGAACGUGAAUAAUCAUCAUUCAAAAAAAUCAAAAGCUAUACCCUAA